AUGACAAACUGCAUGCUGAAUUACAUUGAACAAAAGCAUGCUGAAGUUUGUUCCAUAGAUGAAUCCAAUGAGAAGCCAGUAUAUUACCUUCCUCAUCAUGCUAUAGAAGCUCCACUGCCAGCUGAGCGAAUUCAAAAGUCAUCUCCUUUCGAAACUACCGGAAUUGAUUUUGCUGGACCACUCUACGUAAAAAAUAAUAACUCCGUUACAAAAGCCUACAUUGUCAUCUUCACAUGUGCUACAACUCGAGCUAUCCACUUAGAAUUAGUUUCCGAUCUGCGUACUGACGUCUUCCUACUUGCAUUACAACGUUUUGUCUCUAGACGUUCAUUUCCUCAUACAGUGUACACUGAUAAUGCCACAACUUUCUGCGCUGCGGACAAAGAGCUGAAGUUAUUGUGGGAUACUAUAUCCUCUGCCAAGGCACAACAGUUUUAUGCCCACCACAACAUUAAAUGGAAAUUCAUCGCCCCGAGCCUUGGUGGAAAGGAGCGGCUUGGUGGGGAGGAUGGUGGGAAAGAAUGA